GCCUUCCUUGUCACAGCAGCUAACUUUCGUUCAGCUGCUCAACAAAACCAUAUGUGGAUUUCGUGGAGUGAGUGACUCUCACCGUGAGGGGUAUCAUCACCCAUCUGACGCACCUGGCACCUCCACGCCUACUUGGAAGUCUCUUCUAAGCAAUAUGGCUCGGGUGAUUGAAUUGGUGAUGGUGGCGAUAUGGCUGCUCAAUGUUACUCAGACUGAUGUAGUGACAAUGGUCAGGACAGUUCCUCUUGGCCAUUCCUCUAUUAUCAACAGCAAAUACAUGGUUCGGCAGGACCAGUCACCCAAUGUCCUCUUUUAUGUGCUCUACACUUGGAUCAAUCCGUCCUCAGGCUCACAUGGUGUAUUUGGUUGUGGUCACUCUGACACUACUCCUCUGGUGGAUGGGUAUUUCCACCUCACAAGUCCAAGCAUGGUUGCAUCAGCAUGCCUUGUUUGCGAAGGCUGGGCUGACGAAGGUGGAAACGUCAGCCGUAUCAUUCAUGUCGAUGGUGACAGGGGAAGCAUUGAAAAGGGAAUUGGCAGAUGGGAAAAGUCAGCUAGCAGCAACACAGACAGCGGUGGCUGA